AUGAAAUUUAAUACUGUUAAGAGUUCAAUCAUCUUGACAACUUUGGCUAACCUAAUUAAUGCCAACUGUCAAUUAUCUAGUGAUGGAAACUAUUACUGUUCUCCUACUGAUGCUAUUAUUUAUUCCAAUGUUGGUACAUCCGGUUCCUAUAACGAUAUUACAUCUAUGGAUGAAUCAACUUGUGUCUGUACCUCUGAACCUUUCAAAUAUUCUGGCAGCUUAGCUCCAUUUAAUGAAGAAUUAUCUGUCCAUUUUAGAGGUCCAUUGAAUUUGAAACAAUUUGGUGUUUAUUAUCCAACUACUGGGACUUCAUUAAAGAAAAGAGAUAAUGUAGAGCUGGAUAAUGAAAACUGUAUUGAAACUGUAUCAAAAAAUAAACAUCGUCACAAGAGAGAUGUAGCUGUUGAAUAUGUUGAAGUUACCUCCACUGUAUACGUAAAUGAAGAUGGAGAAAUCGUUACUAAUCCUUCUUCUGCAACUGCUACUACUCCUCCAGCAAUUGUCAGUGAUGUUAACGUUGACGAAACUUCUUCUUCUUCUACUACCACCAAUGCCAACACUAACAAUGCUGCAUCUUCUACUUCUAAUCCAGAAACCACCCCUUCCGCAACAUCUAUCGUCACUUCUCCUGGGGGCUGGAAUAGAUUAGCUUACUACACUCCAGGUUCCACUACAAAUUGUACUUUUAUGAACCACAUGGGUGGUACCGCUGGAAGUGGUGUUUGGUCUAGCUGCUUCGGUAACUCUAUUUCUUUUGCUGCUGCUAACGGUGUGGACGGUGCUUCUUCUCCUUGUGCUUUAGAUGAUGUUACCGUGAAAUCUGGUCAAGAAUAUAUAAUCUUCUCUGGUGUUGAGUGCAGUGGUGAAAAUGGUGACUGUGGUUACUACCGUGAAGGUAUCCCAGCUUACCAUGGUUUUGGUGGUUCUUCUAGAAUCUUUGUCUUUGAGUUUGAAAUGCCAUCUGAUACUGUGGGUACUGCCUAUAAUCAGGAUAUGCCAGCUAUUUGGUUAUUGAAUGCUAAGAUUCCAAGAACUUUACAAUAUGGUAAGGCUGACUGUUCCUGUUGGGAAAGCGGUUGUGGUGAAAUGGAUUUAUUUGAAAUUUUAAGUCCUGGUUCUGAUAAGUUAAUUUCUCAUAUUCAUGAUACUCAAGGUGGUGGUACUCAAGAUUACUUUGUCAGACCAGUAGGUAAUACCAUGAAAGCUGCUGUUAUCUUCGACGCCGAUGAUAAAACUGUACAUAUUGUUGAGGUUGAAGACACCUUCGAAGCUACUUUAUCUGAAUCUACUGUUAACAGUUGGUUAAAUAAGGCUGGCUCUGCUGCUAUUUUACCAUAG